AUGGACGAGGAAUCAAACUACCAACAAAAGAACCGUGCGGACCCCGCCCCUUCCGGGGGGCCGGCUGUUGAGGAAACAAGCCGCGGUCCCGGCCUCUGCCUCCGCGCCCACUUACCGCAGCGUCAACCCCAGAGUUACUUUCGUUUUCCGAGGCCGAGCACCCCGGCCCAGGUGAGGAAGGACGGGCGGUGGGCGCCAGGGGCUGCGCCUCGCCGUGGCUGCCGGGCCAGGACUGCACCGGGCCCCGCCGAGGAUGCGACCGAGUUCGGCGCUGCAGCGGCGCCCAGCCACGCCCGGGCUCCCCGCGGCCUGGCGCCGCGAACACCGCGCUCCUCCGAAGGCUCCGCACGGCGGUUCGACCCCCGGGAGGUGAGCGGCCCCGACACCCGCGCUCCCGCCACCUGCGCUCCCGAGACCGCUCCGGGGGCUGCGCGUCCUCCUCGACCGGCGCUCCUUACACUGGGCGGCGCUAGGCUGUGUCGGCCUCUGUCUCCGCCUCUGCUCACGCCCCGGGGCGGUGAACGUGAGCGGGAACUGGCGGACAGCGGCCGCGUUCGCACGACGAUCCUGGAUUCGCCUUGUUUUCCGGGUGAUUCUGAGAGCCUGUCAAGAGGUGUCCAUAGCUGCUGUCAGGGCGGAGUCAGCCUGGCCCGCAGGAAAGCACCGCGUGCGACCUCGGCGAUCGAGAGCUGGAUGCAGCCUCAGAAGCUAGAGUCACAGAAGUACGGUAUUCUUGGACUGGCCUGAGUCCCAUGCUGAACUUACAGCUCCCUCUGGAAG